AUGGGUGGGCAGCUAAGCAAAGCUGGGUUGCCAGGUGUCGAACGAAAUAGCCGAGCUCGAAGGAAAACGGUUUCAUCAUCAUCACCAUCACCACAUCAUCAUCCAAAACCACAUACUACUACUACUACUACUAGACAACAAACAACCUCUUAUAAGAUACCAUCCACAAUCGACCAUACUCAAAGUGUCCCAAAUGCAGGGAGCAGCUAUGAUAAAGCUAUUCGUCGCCAUGCCAACAAAAAAGAAGGGGCUCUUCGUCGAACGAAUAGCACAGCAGCAAUGCAACAACAACAUGGAGGAUCAGCACCGAAUAUACCAUCAAGUCAACGAAUAACGCGAGACACAGCAAAAGCGACUGCUGCAGCAAUUCACCAGCGGAGGCUGGAUCUCCAUAGCAACAGCACACCUUCUUUCUCAAGCGAAGAAUCCGGUAACACCACAACCCCGUUAUCUGGUUCGCCAUCAUCUAGCAUUACGGGUAAAGCCUACACUCGCUCAAUCCAAUCCACAUCAAUGAGUAGCCAACAAGAGUAUUCACAAGAUUUUACCGAGGAGCAAGAAUAUAACCGGCAUCAGCGACAGCAUUACGUUUUCAAGCAAGUGCUUGGAGACAACAUUAAGUGUACCUUCGACAAGCCUCCAAAACGUAUACUUGACAGCGCAUGUGGAGCAGGCUUUUGGGUCCUGGAAACGGCACAAGCGUAUCCCGAUGCUCAGGUGGUAGCAUUGGGGUCAACGUUACCAAUCCCUAUAUCGUCAGAGAAUAAUGGCGGUGAAAGUAGCAGCAGUGGAUCUUCUCGAUUGGCAUUCCCUAAAAACGUCAAUUUUGUACAUGGCAGUAUCCAAUCUCCUCCGCUUCCAUUUCCCGACAAUACCUUUGAUUUGGUUCAUCAACGUGAAGUCGGCAUCUUAUUGCCUUUCCAAUGUUGGCAACCGCUACUAGUAGACAUAUACCGGAUCCUUAAGCCGGGUGGCAUUAUACAUUUGGUCGAAUAUGACAUGGCAUAUCCAGAAAACUGUGGACCUCUUUGUGAUCGUACCAAUGAAGCUGUUCGACGUGCAACGAAGGACUUGGGUUUUGCUAUAUACAUUACGGAGCCUAUUGAACGCAUGCUGCAUCAAAUCGGAUUUCAUAAUGUGCAAGUACAGCGUUUUUUCGUGCCUAUUGGUGAAUGGCCUGACGAUGAUAUCGGCUUACAGCAAGGUUUCCUUCUCAAAUCGGUUGCAUCUCAAUUGCUAAAACGCUCCAAACCAAUCCUGGGACCAUACCUUGGUGUAGAACCCGAAGACUUUGACAAGUAUUGUGCAGCGCUCAUUCAAGAAUUGGAACAAAAUCACGGCACCGUUUGUUGGAAGCUGCGUCAAUAUCAAGAAGCAAACAUGGGUGACGAGUACGCGUAUACACGUUCGAAUUAUAUGAAUUAA